UCUGACAUCGUGCUGCAGAUACUUUUCUCCGUCUGAAGGAGUGCGUGUGGAGGAGCAGCUGAGGUGAGUUGAUGAUGAAGGUAGAAAGUGUGUGUGACUGAUGUGGAUGUGACUUCAGCAGCAUGGAUCAGAGUGAGGACAGAGAGGAGGGAGUCCCUCCCUCUAAAAGCUCUCUGUGUGGGGAACAUGACAGCCAGACCAAAGCUCAGAGAAGAACAAGGAGGCAGCACAGACCAGACUCUGCUGGACCUGGACCUGGACCUGGACCUGGACCUGGACCUGGACCUGGACCUGGACCCAGCUGUGUGUCUAUGAAGAGUGAUCAGUCAAAGGAUGAAAUCAUUAAUUUUAAAGAACAACAUCCGGAUGCAACAAGGAGGAAGCUGGACCAACCUGAACCCAGCUGUGUGUCUAUGAACAGUGAUUGGUCUAUGGAUAUUCCUUAUAACUUCAAAGAUGGACGCCACUCUGAUGAUCACAGAGUGGACCAGGAGAGCUCAGAGGUUCCCAGUGGUCAGUCUGCCCAGCAGCAUCAAACACAGCUGGACUCCUUAUUUACGCUGCUGGAGGAGAACAUCGUCACUUUUGUGAAGAACGAGCUGAAGAAGAUGCAGAAGGUUCUGAGUUCAGAUUUCCCAGAAUGCUUAGAGAGUCAGAGUGAGGAUGAGGAGGUGUUGAACUGUGAGGAGAAAGAGCAGAGGAGGAGAAGCAGAGACGCAUUUCUGAAGAUCACACUGCACUUCCUGAGGAGAAUGAAGCAGGAGGAUCUGGCUGAGCGUCUGCAGAGCAGAACUCCUGCUGGCAGGUGUCGACGUAAACUCAAGUCUAACCUGCAGAACAAGUUCCAGUGUCUGUUUGAGGGGAUCGCUAAAGCAGGAAACCCAACCCUUCUGAAUCAGAUCUACACACCGCUCUACAUCACAGAGGGAGGGACUGCAGAAGUCAAUGAUGAACAUGAGAUCAGACAGAUUGAAACAGCAUCCAGGAAACCAGACAGACCAGAAACAACAAUCAGACAAGAAGACUUCUUUAAAGCCUCACCUGGAAGAGAUGAACCAAUCAGAACAGUGAUGACAAAGGGAGUGGCUGGCAUUGGGAAAACAGUCUUAACACAGAAGUUCACUCUGGACUGGGCUGAAGACAAAGCCAACCAGGACAUACACUUCACAUUUCCAUUCACUUUCAGAGAGCUGAAUGUGCUGAAAGAGAAAAAGUACAGCUUGGUGGAACUUGUUCAUCACUUCUUUACUGAAACCAAAGAAGCAGGAAUCUGCAGGUUUGAAGAGUUCCAGGUUGUGUUCAUCUUUGACGGUCUGGAUGAGUGUCGACUUCCUCUGGACUUCCACAACAAUAAGAACCUGACUGAUGUUACAGAGUCCACCUCAGUGGAUGUGCUGCUGACAAACCUCAUCAGGGGGAAACUGCUUCCCUCUGCUCGCCUCUGGAUAACCACACGACCUGCAGCAGCCAAUCAGAUCCCUCCUGAGUGUGUCGCCAUGGUGACAGAGGUCAGAGGGUUCACUGACCCACAGAAGGAGGAGUACUUCAGGAAGAGAUUCAGAGAUGAGGAGCAGGCCAGCACCAUCAUCUCCCACAUCAAGACAUCACGAAGCCUCCACAUCAUGUGCCACAUCCCAGUCUUCUGCUGGAUCACUGCUACAGUUCUGGAGGAUGUGUUGAAAAGCAGAGAGGGAGGAGAGCUGCCCAAGACCCUGACUGAGAUGUACAUCCACUUCCUGGUGCUUCAGUCCAAACUGAAGAACAUGAAGUAUGAUGGAGGAGCUGGGACAGAUCCACACUGGAAUAAAAAGAGCAGGAAGAUGAUUGAGUCUCUAGGAAAACUGGCUUUUGAGCAGCUGCAGAAAGGCCACCUGAUCUUCUAUGUAUCAGAUCUGACAGAGUGUGGCAUCGAUAUCACAGCAGCCUCAGUGUGCUCAGGAGUGUUCACAGAGGUCUUUAAAGAGGAGAGAGGGCUGUACCAGGACAAGGUGUUCUGCUUCGUCCAUCUGAGUGUUCAGGAGUUUCUGGCUGCUCUUCAUGUCCAUCUGACAUUCAUCAAGUCUGGAGUCAAUCUGCUGGCAGGAAAACAAACAACAUCCCAGACACGUUUCUACCAGAGUGCUGUGGACGAGGCCUUAAAGAGUCCAAAUGGACACCUGGACUUGUUCCUCCGCUUCCUCCUGGGUCUUUCACUGCAGACCAAUCAGACUCUCCUACAAGGUCUGCUGACACAGACAGGAAGUAGCUCACAGACCAACCAGGAAACAGUCGAGUACAUCAAGGAGAAGCUCAGUGAGAAUGUCUCUGCAGAGAGAAGCAUCAAUCUGUUCCACUGUCUGAAUGAACUGAAUGAUCGUUCUCUAGUGGAGCAGAUCCAACGGUACCUGAGAUCAGGAAGUCUCUCCACAGAUAAACUGUCUCCUGCUCAGUGGUCAGCUCUGGUCUUCAUCUUACUGUCAUCAGAAAAAGAUCUGGACGUGUUUGACCUGAAGAAAUACUCUGCUUCAGAGGAGGCUCUUCUGAGGCUGCUGCCAGUGGUCAAAGCCUCCAACAAAGCUCUGUAA